GAAGAAGAAGAAGAAGAAGAAGAAGAAGAAGACUACAAAGCUAGAGGCUAGCUGGAUGAAAUCUGUUUUCUGCCGUUGUUCUUUCUUUAUUUCAGUAAAACAUGAGUCCGCUGUGUGAGCACUGCGGAGAGAACAUUACGAAGAUAAGUCAGCAGAUUUCUGUAAUGCGGAAAGAAAUAAAAAAUUUGAGGCAGACGCUGGACAGUGCUGCCAGAGCUCAUCGCAAACAUCUGCUCUCAAUACAGACUGCUGUGUCAACCACUGACUUCACUGGCCAUGAUAAAAAGGACUACACACCUUCAUCACCUUCAUUAUCAGCGCAAGAUGCGUUACAGCAAGGAAAGAUCCAGACUGUGCCGAUCGGUUACAUCAGCUCCUGUUUCUCCUUGAAGAACGGGACGCCCAGGCAGCCGACGAUCUGCGGCCCGUCACGGGCGCGGCUUCAGGUCCAGCAGAGUGUAUUCAACAACCCUGAGCAUGCUCUGGUGGGCCUCGAACAGUAUUCGCAUGUCUGGAUUAUAUUUCUUUUCCAUAAAAACGGACACCUGAGCCACAAAGCCAAAGUGAAGCCGCCCAGAUUGAAUGGCCAGAGAGUCGGCGUCUACUCGACACGAAGCCCACACCGGCCAAACUCCCUGGGACUGACGCUGGCAAAGCUGGAUAAAAUUCAGGGCGACACACUGCAUCUCUCCGACAUCGACAUGAUUGCUGGCACUCCUGUCCUGGACAUCAAACCUUACAUCCCUGAAUACGACUCGCCCCGCGAGAGGACAGCGAUGGACUCGAACCCGCGUCUGCUGGGUGUGUCUGAAAACGAGACGGACCUUUUAAACUUCCAUCUAGACCAAGAUGCUCAGCGAGAAGAGAAAAGAGCAGGUGAUGACGAUAAAGAUGAGAUUUGUCGGCAGCCUGCUCAGUUUAUUCUGCCCAAAGAAGCAGACAGUUUGCUGAGAGAAGUCGAGUCAUUUAUAAACAAGGAUGACCCAUCUCCACCUGAGUGUAAGAGCAAAGCCAGAGUUCCAGACUGUGUCAAAGCCGAACCUCCAGCACCGAUCGUGGACCGGCCCUGCUAUGGUGGAGAAUCCAGCACAACCGUUGCCGACUGGAUCCGAGAGCCUCCGGUUUCCCGCCUGGAUGUGCGCUUUACCCCUCAUGCUCAGGAACAGCUGGAGGAGUUCGUUCCUGCACAUCUGUCAGAGCCGUCCGACUGCAGCAGGCCCAGAUUUAAGUUUCUGCGCAGUCCAGAGGAGGCCGCCGCUGCCAUCAGGGGCGUGCUGUCAGCAGAUCCCAGGUCCGUUUACAGGAGAACCCGAUGCAGGGACAGACUCUUCUUCUUCACUCUGGACACGGCGGAUGUCACUUGCUGGUUUGGACAAGGGUUCGCCGAGGUUCUGCAGGUCCGCCCUGUGGGAUCGCAGCAAGCUGAGGAGCCACUGGAGUAGAACGACAAUCUGCCCGUUAAAUUCUCCUUUCUGCAAAGUUUCCACGCAGAUAAACCUCUUAAUACAACAUUCUGGGAAUCUGAGGAGAUAUUCAGUUUUAUUCCUGUCAGUUAAAUAAAAAAAAUGGUUUAAAUAUAUUUGUUUCUUUUUUCUUUUUCAAAAUGUAUUAGUUUGUAUUUUGCUGAUUCUGUUAUCCUCACCAGGGAACUUUUAAAGCAUUGGUGAAUAAAAUUGUUCUGUUACAAAUUCACGACAUACAGUACUGGUAACAUUUACUAACACUUGUGCUAAAGAUGUGUAAAAAAUAAUCAGGCAUUAUUGGAGGGAUCCAAGAGCUCUGAGGAACCCAUGACCGCUUUAUUUUUCUUCCAUUUGCUAGCAGGGCUAACUAGCUUUGAUAGACUUAUGUUAUUCUUUUGUUUUUUUCUUCCUAAGUUGUGUCUCAACCAUACUGCGCCAACACCAUAACUGACAAUUUACAAAAUUUAAAUGAACUUUUGUGAAAUAAAGGAUUUGGACAUCA